GGCGGACAGGACAGGACAGGGCAGUCUUGCAGGAUGCAUGCAUACAAGGACGGUUAUGCUCUCGCCCUUUGCUCGCCAUGUUCUCAAUGUUGCGUCAACCAUACCUAUCUCCCCCCCCUUCCCCAAAGCCCAAGUGCCGCAUGUCGCGGCUGAGAGGCCAACAGAGGGCGGGUUGUGGCACAUUGCGAGAAGUCAGUUGUUUCGGGAGACCGUGGAUUCGUGACAUACACAGCACAAUACCGUACCGGCCGUGUGUUCCCUCUAAUGCCUCCUGACUGACUAAAAGGGGGCUUGCCAAAAGGACGCCAGAAGAAGCAACCACAAAGUUUCUGAUAUCCCGCCAAACCGCUGCCCCAAGCUGAGCCCUUCGAGAGUCGACACCCAAGCCACCGCUCAUUUUCUGCUCGUUCAAUUUUCCAAUGCCAGUCACUGACGACAGGUCAUUCUCGAGAGGUCACCAUGGAAGCACUGCUCGAAGGUGGAGGUCCUGUGUUGCCUAGAACACCGUCCGUAACCUCGUCGACCGUGCUAGAUCCAACAGUCCAGCCAAAGAGCGUCAAGCGCCCUCGACCAGUCAAGUCUUGUGUCGAAUGCCGCAAGCGCAAGUUGAAGUGUGAUCGAGUAGCACCAUGUUCUCAGUGUCAGAAGUCCCGAAGGCCUUGUCGAUAUACUGACCAGGAGAAUGGUGGUGGCUCAGACGGGUCUGAUGGAGAAUCGGCUGAAAGACCGGUCAAACGCCCUCAACACCUUGCCAGCAUCAAUGAUGGAGAUUAUCCUCGACCAUUCUCGCAAUCCAACGGCAUGGAGCACUACCAUAAGCCUCAGGUCAGUCUGGACGAGAUGGCAGCACGGCUGGAGCGCCUCGAGAGGAUCAUCACAGAAAAGUCUUCACCAACAUUUCCCUACCGACAGUCAAUGGCCAUUCGGAGCCGUCCAUUCAACCCAGGUUUCCGGUUCCCAAGUCCCCAAGGUCUGGACAGCACGCAGGUUCUGCUGAAUAUUUUCGACGAGGCCGAUGAUCUUCUGAGAACCAUGGCGAGAACAGAUCACCUGCGGGGACCCUUUGCCCGCCUACAGAACGCAUGCCGAGUGCUGAAAAUGGAACACCACAAGGCUCUCGAGCCCAUCACCGUCUAUGUCGAUUCCAUGAUGCCAAUUCAGAAACGCAUGAACGAUGUUUUACCACCACGAUCCGUCUGCGACAGGCUCGUCAAUCAGUAUUUUGUCGUUUCUGAAGGCUUGUAUCGGAUGGUCCACGUCUCGUCUUUCCACCAAGAAUAUGCCCAGUACUGGGACAAACGAGGCUGUAGCGAAAGCUUUCUUCCUCGGUUGCUCUGCAUGAUCAGCAUCGCGGCUCGCUUUGGGACAGAUUCUCGAGGUUUAGGGCAGGAUAGAUUCACCAGCGUCAACAUCCCCACUGCCUGCAUAUUGGUCAGGCACUGGCUAGAUGAUCUUCGAAGAAAACAAAUCACCGACUUGACCACUCUCCAGACCGAGCUCCUCCUUCUCCACGCCGAACGAACCAUCUGCCCCCACCAACGCUCCUCCUGGACGCAAUUAGGCUACAUAAUUCGCAUGGCCAUGACGAUGGACCUCCACCGAGACCCUUCUGAGCUUCCCCCGUCAAGUCCUUUCAUCGGCGAGAUGCGCCGACGACUGUGGUACACUCUGCUUGAAAUGGACCUCCACAUUUCGUUGAUGUGCGCCCUUCCGUUUGCCAUCCGGGCGGGUGAAUACAGCUGCAAACCACCCUCCAAUCUCGACGAUGACUCUCUCUCCCCUACGACGCCUGGUUUGCCGCCGUCACUCCCACUCGACCACUCUACGAGUAACCGCCUUCAAGCCUACACCUCCCGAACUCUCCCAGCUAGAAUCGAAGCCGCAGCCUUGAUAUCCCAUCUUCCAACCCUCGACUCUUACCAACCUAUCCUGUCCGCUGGCCAGAACCUCGAAAACCUCCUCUCCGACAUUGCCGCCCUCUUCCCGAGACACGCCUCUCUCAACCCAGAAAACAGCCACAAAGAAUGGCGACACCGAGCCUUGUUGGAUAUGCACGUCCGCCGACCACUACUAGCAUUAUACCGCCCCUUCGCUCUAGGGCUCCUCUCCGACCCGAGCAGUUGCCCGCCAAACAUUGAGCUCUCGUACCUAAAAUCAGCAAUGGCAAUCUUAACCUAUGCCGAUGAGAUCGACCCCAGGAGUCCGGGCUACGAAGAAGUGGUGGCGAUGUACCUGUUUGUCAUGAAAAAGGACAUUGUGGAGGCUGGGUUGGGUGUGUGUGCUUACAUCAAGCGAGCACAGCAGCACCAACAGCAACAGAGGAAUAAUUCACAGAUAUCGCAGAAUUCGGACGGUGAGCCCUGGCAUCACCCGCAGGUGGCGUACCCUCGGCAGUAUCAGCAUCGGCAUUCCCAGAGCAACAGCCACAAUCCUUACGACGAAGACCUGCUCAGUGCUGUUGGCACGGGGGCGAGAGGACCGAGCUACCCCUGGUCAGCGGUAACAAUGGCACAAACAGUCGAGCGAACCCUCGACCGGCUUGUGACCCUGAUCCCAGACGCCAGCAGCGACGUCAACGAGAUUGUGGCGUUGGGGGUGGUGCUUAGCUCUGUUUGGCCGGGGACGAUGGAUGAAAAGAUGCAGAAGAUGCAGAGAAUGGUUGGGAGAGUGCAAGAUAUUGUGGGGGGUGCUCUGGCCAAGAUGGGGAUCUCGGCGAGUGCGGUCCAGCACCAACCAGCUCCUCCUCCGGGUUAUGCAAAACUGGCGGCGGGAGUGGGGGGUCCGCCUGUGACGAAUGGUUAUGUGAAUGAUGGGAUGAAUCACGACGACGGUGUCUUGAACUGGGAACACUUCCUCGAGAGAUGGGAUACUUUGGCGGGCUCGCCCUUGAUAACCCCGCCUGGACCGCAGUUACAAGCGCAACAUCAACAGCAGCAUAGAGAGUACACGGCGGCGUCGGGAUUGAGGAACUAAUACUUGACAUAUACAUAGGUAUGAGAAAGUGUCAUCAGGAUGGGGAAUAUGUUGGGCUGAGUACAGGGAUUGGUAAAGCGGCAGGUCCGGCAGGCGUUGGAUUUAAGGGGGUAAUGGCAUUGCCAACCCCAAAGUGAGUUUUAAUGGGAAAAGGUCACCAAAAUAGGGAAGCCGGCGUUGUCCGAGACAGAUUAAGCGGGCUAGAAGGAUAUAUCAACAAAUCCAGUAUUUACCUCCUAACCAAAGUGAGCGGUUAUAUAAGGAAUAUCAGUUUCUAUCCCCUCCAUCAAUAGAAUCA